UGUAGGGUGUGUAUGACGUAUAUUUCCGUCGACUCGCAUGCAGCAAGGCGCAUUGCUCCUCACGGCAAGCGCACGUCGGAACAGCUGAGGAGUGCAAUUACUGCUCUUUUGGUCAUUUUUAUGACCCAAACAGUCAUACAUCGAGCAGAUAAGGGCGAAAAGGGUAUAUUCAACGUCGUCCGCAAGGUCUCAUCGCUGUUAGCCAUCUCAGCUUGUUGGUUUUCUAGCUAGCCAACUCAACUAAAUUAUCCUUAGCUGGCUGGCUGGGUUGCGUUUGAGUAGUUCAGGUUUUAGCCGCAGCCAACAUGCCGGGGAAGAAGACUACGAAGAGGGCGAGUCAAACAGAGGACAUAAAGUCCUCCAAAAAAGUGAAAGUGACCCACAGCAGCCACGGGACGGAGAAGGGCCUGGUGCUGGUGCUGGGCCAGGGGGACGUGGGGCAGCUGGGCCUGGGAGAGGACGUGAUGGAGAGGAAGAAGCCCGCCCUGGUCAGCCUGCCGGAGGGCGUGGUGCAGGCCGUGGCGGGGGGAAUGCACACUGUCUGCCUCAGCGACACGGGAAACGUGUACACGUUCGGCUGUAACGAUGAGGGGGCACUGGGCCGGGACACGGCGGAGGAGGGCUCGGAGAUGAGUCCCGGGAAGGUGGAGCUGGCGGAGCGGGUGGUGCAGGUGUCUGCUGGGGACAGCCACACCGCUGCGCUCACCGAGGACGGUGCUGUCUUCAUCUGGGGCUCCUUCAGGGAUAAUAAUGGAGUUAUCGGCCUGCUGGAACCAAUGAAGAAAUGCACUUUGCCUGUCAAGGUCCCCAUUGAGGACCCUGUGGUAAAGAUUGCUUCAGGCAAUGACCACCUGGUGAUGCUGACUCUGAACGGAGACCUGUACAGUUCGGGCUGUGGGGAGCAGGGGCAGCUGGGAAGGGUCCCAGAGAGAUUCGCCAACCGAGGGGGCAGGAAAGGGCUGCAGCGUUUGCUGGUGCCGCAGUUCAUCCACGUUCGGUCCAGAGGCCGGGUCCACUUCACGGACGUCUUCUGCGGGGCAUACUUCACCUUCUCCGUGUCCAAAGAGGGCCACAUCUACGGCUUUGGGCUGUCGAACUACCACCAGUUGGGCACUCCAGGCACCAACACCUGCUUCUCCCCUGUGAAGCUCACAGCCUUUAAGAACUCCACCACCUCCUGGGUCAGCUUCUCAGGGGGCCAGCACCACACCGUCUGUCUGGACUCAGAAGGGAAGGUGUACAGUUUGGGACGGGCGGAGUACGGGCGUCUGGGCCUGGGUCAGGGGGCGGAGGAGAAGAGCGAGCCCACGCCCGUUCCUGGAGUGGAAGUGGCCCAGGCAGUGGCAUGCGGCGCGUCAGUCAGCUACGCUGUCACCAAACAGGGGACGGCAUACGCCUGGGGGAUGGGAACCAACCUCCAGCUCGGCACAGGAGAGGAGGAUGACGAGUGGAGCCCUGUGGAGAUGACCGGGAAGCAGCUGGAGAACCGCGCAGUGCUGACAGUGUCCAGCGGGGGGCAGCAUACCGUUCUACUGGUCAAAGACAAGCAGGAGAGCUGAUGGGGGCCCGAAGAGGGCGGCGGGGGUGUUCCCGGCCCCGCCUCACCCCCAUCUCCAAGGAAACCACCACUUUGACUGGAGGCGGUGUGCUUACACGGUUGCAGAGGAUGGGGAGGAGGAGAGCAAGAGAAUUAUUUUUUUAAUCUAGUUGAUUUUUUUUUUUUUUUUUUCUUUUUUCUUAAUUACUUUUAAGGAGACUCUUUAGUAAAAACCAUUCAGGGAUGCUGAAAAGUAACGGGGAGAAAAAUGAGCCUUUUAAAAAUUUCCUGUUUCCACAGCCUUUUAAUGUUGCAUUUGGUCGAAGCAAUAAAAAGCCGAUACGGCUUUCUGCUCAACCCUGCGCUCCGUUCACAGGUGACGUCUUCACCGUGUUUUCAUGACAACCUGUCAGGGCAAGGAGUGUCAUUUCAUCAGCGUUCAUUCAGUCUUUGACCUUCGUUUUGGGUAACAAGGGACUUUGGAUCCACUUGGGCUAGAGCCGUCUUGCAGUGUUUAACUGUGAUAGUGACGAUGUAUUGCAGUCCGUUACCGUUAUCAACUGUUCCCUGUGCCCAAGACAUC